AUGCUUCUCUUUGCAAGAUUGAUCGUGUUAAAAAGAACUGCACUCACGCUCUCCGACCGCACUGCAUUUAGAACCCUAAAAACUGCCGCCGGCAACCACCUGAGUAAUGUCGGGGUUGGAGGAGGAGGCAGAGAUGGAACAAAUGAUGAUUAUUUUGCCACAGUUCAUCAUAUUUCCAAUAUCGUUCGUCGUGAUAUCUACCUGGAGAGAACCCUGAAUAAGAUGUGCAUUUCGCGCAUUGUCAAUUCAGAGCUUGUUUACCGUGUGCUCCGUAGCUGUUGCAAUUCAGGUAUAGAGUCUUUCCGUUUUUUCAAUUGGGUUCGUACUCAACAUCCCCAGUAUGAACCCACAACUGUCGAAUUUGAAGAGCUCCUCAUGAUCUUAGCCCGGACUCGCCACUGGGAAACCAUGUGGAAGGUUGCCCACCAGAUGAAAACCCAAAAGCUCCCAAUUUCGACAUCUGUUGUUUCUUUCAUCAUCGAGCAUUAUGGUAAGAACGGUCUUAUCGAUCAAGCUGUUGAGCUAUUUAAUAGGUGCAAGAAUUUUAAUUGCUCCCAAACUACUGAAAUAUACAAUUCCUUGCUCUUUGCCCUUUGUGAGGUCAAGAAUUUUCAGGGAGCUUAUGCUUUGGUUCGAAGAAUGGUUCGUAAAGGAGUACUUCCAGAUAAGAAGACUUACUCAGUUUUAGUUAAUGGGUGGUGCUCUGCUGGGAAGAUGAAAGAGGCCCAAAGUUUUUUGGAAGAGAUGAGUCUAAAGGGAUUCAAUCCACCUGUUCGUGGGCGAGAUCUUUUGAUUGAUGGGUUGUUGAAUGCUGGUUAUCUUGAAUCAGCCAAAGGGUUGGUUAGAAAAAUGACUAAAGAGGGAUUUGUGCCUGAUGUGAGUACGUUUAACUCGUUGGCAGAAGCUAUUUGCCAAUCUGGUGAGAUUGAUUUCUGUGUUGGUCUCUACCAUGAUGUUUGUAGAUUGGGGCUAUGUCCUGAUAUUGAGACUUACAAGAUCAUGAUCGCUGCAACUUCGAAAGUGGGCAGGAUUGAUGAGGCUUUUAGUAUUCUUUAUAGAUCACUUGAGGACGGAAAUAAACCAUUCCCAAGUUUAUAUGCUCCAAUUCUGAAGGGACUUUGUAGGAAUGGAUUGUUUGAUGAUGCAUUUAGCUUUUUCAGUGAUAUGAAGGUGAAGGGUCAUCCACCAAACCGGCCUGUUUAUACCAUGCUCUUAAAGAUGUGUGCACGUGGAGGCCGAUACAUUGAAGCUGCUAAUUAUUUGAUGGAGAUGACGGAGUUCAAAUUAUCACCCAUGUCACGGCACUUUGACAUGGUAACCGAUGGAUUAAAGAAUUGUGGAAAGCAUGAUAUGGCUAAGAGGAUAGAGCAGUUAGAAAUAUCUCUUCGCGGUAUGUGAGAUAUAACAACAGUAUUGUUAUGAUCUAUAUGAUGUUCACUUGAUGGUUGGUCGGUAAACCUUAUUUUUAAGUUUUAACGCUUCCAUUGUUAAAUGUAUACCCAAUGACUGAAAAUUUUGCUUUCCUUUACCUUACUGUUACUUGGUCAGUUAUGAGCUUCUAUUUUGCUGCC